CUUUGCCUGGCAGCUUUUUCUUAUAAAUACAUUUUCCUGCUGUAUGAUUUUCAUUCCAGUUCAAAAUGUUCCGAAAAUUGUUUUGCGUUUCCUUGAUCUGCGCUUUUGUCUUCAUGAGCUUCAACCAAGUGGAAGCCGGAAGUGGUGCCUCUUCUACUGAGGCCUCUGAUGAAGCCGGCAGUGGUGCCUCUUCUACCAGGUCCUCUGCUGAAGCCAGCAGUGGUGCCUCUUCUUCAGGGGCAUCUGAUGAUAGUUCUGCUGCUGCUGUAUCGACUGCGGCACCUACUAAAGGCAACUCCAGCUCCAAGGGAGGAUUAAUUGGAAGACUUGUUUCACCAUUGAUCAAAAUACCAAAGAAUGCUCUCCAACAUUUUCUUCACUUGUUUGGUUAAAAACUAGUGGACAUCUGUUUUAUAAAAAAUGCAUGAUGUCGAAAUAUAUAUGCAAUUGCUCAUAAA